GAUGAAGAAGAAGAGGAUGAUGAUGAUGAAGAAGAAGAAGAAGAGGAUGAUGUUGAUGAAGAAGAAGAAGAGGAUGAUGAUGAUGAUGAAGAAGAAGAGGAUGACGAUGAAGAAGAAGAAGAAGAAGAAGAGGAUGAUGAUGAUGAAAAAGAAGAAGAGGAUGAUGAUGAAAAAGAAGAAGAAGAAGUAGGAUGAAAAAUAAGAGGAAUUCCAGUCCAGCAAAAAGUGUUCCUGCAGAGAGCUCCACUAUUUCUUUGACAGUUCUUUGACAGUUCCUUGACAUUUACAGUGGUUGCAACAUUGUAUCUAUUUGUUUCCGAAUAAAAACAUCUG